CGAACACCAACAGAACCGAGUGCGGAUGCAUAGUACAAAGCUCAAUUGAAUAAUCAAUCGUCGAAACCACCAUGGCGAAACAAAGUUUGACGGAUGCCGAGGUCAACGUCCAAUCCGACGGACACCAUGUCUGCAUUGUUUGUUUCAGCAGCCUCGAAUCGAACAUGAGAGCAAAGCUGCCAUGCGGUCACGACGACAUGUGCGGAAUUUGCCACCUGCGGUUGCGCCACCUGCACGAGGACAAAAAAUGCCCCAUUUGCAAGCAAACGAACGAUACCAUCAUUGUGGACAGCGACGAUACGAAAACCUUCGACAGCUACCCCCGGUGGGGCGAUGAAAUCGGGGCCGGCUUUGUGUACAAAGCCGACGUUGGCAUGUUCUUUGAGGAGAAAUACUACGAGAAAGCCGUUGUGCCGCUUUACGAAUUUUCUUGCCAAAAAUGCGACUUUAAGGUCGACGAGAACUACAACCAGCGCGCACAAGAAGACGACGGCGACGACGAAAACAACAAAGGCGGCAAGAAAAAGAAGAGGAAGCCCCUCCGCAUACUGCAGGACCACCUGCGAAAAAAACACCGGCUUUCGAUGUGCCAGCUGUGCAUAGAUCACAAGCGCGACUUUGUGUCUCAGCUUCCCCGAUUCACCGCCAGCCAGCUGCAAAACCAUCUGAAAAACGGAGACGGACCCGGCUCGGGGUUUUCCGGCCACCCGAUUUGCGAAUUUUGCCGCCCGAAACGGUUUUACGAUGUCAAUUUCCUUUAUAAGCACCUGCACCAAGAACACUACAAGUGCCACAUUUGCGAAAAACAGGGUUCCGACAACCAGUGGUUCAAGAACUACAAAUCGUUGGCCCGCCAUUUCGAUAAGCAGCAUUUUAUGUGCCACCAUCCACAGUGCCAGGCAGCACGGUUUGUCGUCUUUGAAAACGAACUAGAUCUUAGAGCACAUGGUGAGUAUUUCGGAAGGCUCGGCCUCGUCGAACCCCUUUAUUGUCUGCUGGUGAAUUUUUGGCUUUGGAUCCUUAAGGUUAAAUUGGUCGGAGCUCUGUCUCUCAUGCUCUGCUCUAUCGUCUGUACAUCCGCUACCAGAGAUUUCUGUUCACGGUGGUACAUCCACUGGAUCCACAAAGAUCAACCUUGAAUUUAAUAUCCGUCGGGCGAAUGGAACGAGCGGGAGUGGUGAAAGACAGAGGGCUCCUGCCGAGGCAGACUUCAACUACGAUCUGGAUGGCCAGGCAUUCGUGCCACCGGCUUUGGCCAACGACAACAACAGCAACGAUCAGGGCAACAACGGCAGCAACAACAACGCAUCCGAGUUGCACCCGCAACACGUCCAGCGGACGGAGGAGUUGCGCGCCCACGCCGCAGCGGUGCGGCAACAACAAGCCCUCGAUAACCAGGGAGAGGCGUUCCCUACCUUGCGGGAUGCGGCGGCACCAUCUCCGUCAUCGGCUCCGUUGGUUGGCUGGACGUCUGGAACAGCCCUCCAAAACAUCAACGGUUCGAACCGGAGGGUCGGGCAAGUUACUGAGGAAUCCUUCCCUACUCUACAAUCCAAUUCUACCAGCCAAAGAAACAAAAAGAAAGCAAUGAAGGGAAGCAUCGGAGCCGCGAGACGACAAUUUGCUGCGAUGACAACAGCUGCCAACCAGCCAGCAUCAAACUGGGGUGGAGGCGAUUCCGCGGCCUACAUUGGAUCGGUUGCAGCAUCUCCGGCGUCUGGGGGAUAUGGCAACCCGUUUUCUUCCGCUAUGCCGGCGAGACAAAUGAAUCGGCAAGCGGACCUGGCCCCCGACAACUUUCCUUCCCUGGGGCCAUCGUCGUCCUCCGCGCGCUCGGCGGCGAGUGCCUUGGCGAGCAGAAACUAUCAGCAAAGAACCGUCGCUUCUGCUCCUCCGCCAUCCAUAAACAGUGCCGUAGACUUUCCUUCCAUGUCGAGCAAUGGUCGAAGCUCUACUGCUCAUGUAAGCAGGAACAUGGCAGCAGCUGCGCAAAACAGGCCCAAGCCUCCGCCAUCGAUGAACAGUGUAGAGCAUUUCCCGGCACCUCCUUCGGCAAAACCCGUGGCAAAACCCAAGAUCCGUGACCAACUACUUGGAAACGCAAACAGGAAAAUGCCCGCACAAGACAAUGUUCUUCGGGCAAACAUGUCCUCUGUAUCGUCGACCGAUGCCAAGGCUACUCUGGAAGACAUGAAGACGUCCCUUGGUCAAAAGAAUUUCAAACAACUCAAAAAGCUGACUAAGUCGUUUGCACAGGAAGCGAUUGCUCCAGAGGGAUAUGUCGAUCAGUGCGCUGCAUUGUUUGAGAAGAGCUACGACGAUCCAGAUUUUUGGUCAUUUUUGCCGUCCCUGCUCGAAUCUUGCCCCAAUCAGGAGAGUUCGAAGCAUGCCCUAAAGUACAUGAAUAGUUUGAAACGGCAGAAAUUCGGAAGCAGCGAUUCAAGACCGUCGCCAUCAUUUGCAUCGUCUGCUGCUGCCAGGGCGACGCCCUCGCAAUGGAGUGCUCCUUCCUCCAAAUCGAGCGUGAUGCGGCAGGUAAUUCCCCCCCCACCCCCUCCUUCCUUCGGUGCUCCUCGCUCAUUGACACAGCAGGUAGCAGCGGGAGUAGGUCGCCCACAGACGAUGGCAUCGAAAAAGAAGGCUGCAUGGGGAUCCGGUGGAAAAGCGACCAUCGUAAGAACGAAAGCUCCACCAGGAUCGGUAGCUGCCGCAGCUGCGACUCAGGGCCCACAAGGAGGAACUGCAACGAAAUUUAUGGCGAAGCAGCAGAAGCAGCAAGCAAAAAGCAACACCAAUACAAACAACACGCAGCAGCAGAAAAAAGCAAAAAAGAAGAAGCAAAAGAACGAGCUAAAGGAUCUGGCAUUCGGUAGAUCAUAAAAUAAAAGAUGUUUUGAACA